AUGGGAAGCCGAGGGGGUCGCGGUGGAAAGAUGGGACCCCAGAACAACGAUUGGGAGGAUGAAGAAGAAGAGGAGCAGGGCUUCGGUGGAGGCAAAUUUGAAAAGGGCUCCUCCGGUGGUCGUGGAGAUAUGAUGAUGGGUGGAGGCCGUGGAGGUCGCGGAGGAAAGGGCGGUGAGGAAGCGAUGGGGGGAGGUCGGGGAGGCCGUGGAGGAAAAGGUGGUGAAGAAAUGAUGGGUGGCAUGGGAGGCAUGGGAGGUAUGGGCGGAAUGGGAGGAGGUCGUGGAGGCCGCGGAGGAAAAGGAGGUGAAGAAAUGAUGGGUGGAGGUGGUGGCGGUCGAGGAAAAUCUAGUGGCCGUCAAGAAGGCGGACGUGGCGGAAAUUCAGGACGUGGAAGUGGACGUUAA